AAGUUAGAGGGAAUAUAACAUUUGUUGAUUGAUUACUUUAAAAAUAUGUCAAAAAAAAUAAAUUUAGUUAUAAAUAAAAUAUAAUCUUAAUCGCUCUAUGAAUAUUUUUAUCAAAUAUUUGUUAUUAAUCAACUAAAAAGUCAAUAAUACUAGUUGAUUGAUCAACCAACUAAAUCAACAACGGUUGAUUGUUACAAUUUUAAAAUAAAUAUUAUUUUUCCUUGACAUGAUUUUGAGAUCGAAUUUUACAUAGUACCAUCAUUCUCUCCACGUAUCAUGUAUCGAUAGGUGAAAUUCGAAUUCAAAAUCAUGAAAUUUUUGGUAAAGUAAAUGCUGUUAAAUUAAUUUCGUUAAACUCAUCUUCUUCGCCUUCUCUCUCCUCACAAAAUUGAUUAACAAUGGCGGACACGAACGACACCUACAUACCCAACGAUAUCCUCAUUUCAAUCCUCAAAAGACUUCCUUCAAAAACCCUAAUUCAAUUCCUAAUUGUCUCAAAAUCAUGGUAUUCUUUAAUCACUAAUCCUAAUUUCAUCAAUUCACAUCUUCACCACCACAAAUCUCUUUCUCUCCUUCAUCCAAAUCACCACUUAUUCCUCCUUGAAUCCCACUUUCGCUGCUCUCUUUUCCGUUAUGGCGAUCACUUCUACCAACGUACUUUUAUACCGAGUCCACCCGGCGAGUUCGGCUCAGUUGCAGCUUCUUACAACGGUUUAAUUUGCUUCUUCGAUUCAAAACUCCGUAACCUUCUGCUUUGGAAUCCAUCGAUUAACAAAUUUUUACAAAUUGAACAACCCCCAAUUUUACACUCAUCCAGUUUUCAAAUGUUUUCUAUAGUUGGACUAGGGUUUAAUCCUAUCGAAAAUGACUAUAAAUUAGUUUUAUUUGAUUAUGAUCGUAUGUACGCAUACGGUGGUGAGGAUUAUUCACCCCUCAAUGUUCAAGUUUAUUCUGUUAAUGGAGAUGUAAAUUUAGGGUGGAAAAGGUUAAUUUUGCCUCCUAGUUUUCCUUGUGAUGAUCUUAGUCAUGUUUCCGAGGCUUGUGUUGUGAAUGAUUUUAUACAUUGGAUUGUUUUUCGAGGUGGUAUUGAUCAAGUAAACGAACAUAUGAUGGGAAUGAAGGAAUUUGGCGCUUCAAUUUUAUCUUUUGAUCCUCGGAACGAUUGUUUUGGGGAAAUUCAAUUGCCUAAGUGUUUAAUCAAGGAGGUCGAUCCGGAUUUGUGUUUGGCUGUGAUUGAUGAUUCUCUUGUUGUGAUUCAUCUUGGUGCAAGUGAAGAUACGUUGCUGAAAUAUAGUGCUAUUGUUUGGAAAAUGGAAGAGUAUGGUGUAGAGGAGUCUUGGAAGGUUUUGUAUAGGAUCAAUUUGCCGUAUGUUUUCGGUACAAAUUGGAAUAUAUGGGAUAAGGAAGAAGGGAAGGUAUUUAUUACAACUAGUUGGGGAACUUUGAUAGUUUUUCAUGCUAACAAUGGGAGUUCAUCUGGUUUUAGUGGGGAAGUUGCUAUGAUUGGUGGGCAAGCUUUUGAUUAUACUGAAAGUUUAGUGUUGUUGGAUGGAUUUAGUGGAGCGUCUUGGUUGCAUAUGGAAUGAUUUUGGAGAUGUGAUGAAUAAUAGAGGAGGAUUUCAAGUGAUAAU